AUGAAGCGAACCGUCUAUUCCGCCCGAAAUCCCAUCCCGAACGCUCAAAAAUUUGCAAAGGCCCUGCAAGAACGAUUGAAUGUUCAAAAAAACCAGCCAGGUGACCUAGAUGUUGAUGAAACUAAACAACAGAAGAAUAGGCGGAUGGUUGUGGAUCCCGUCACAAAGAGUAAUGUCGUGAUACAAGAUAUUAGAGGAGAUUUUAAGAACAGCGUCAGAAGGCCGAAGGCCACGGUACCUAUAGCCAAUGUCAACCCCGUAGAAGGCGACCAAAUCGCUCCAAAUGAGGUCGUCGGUGCAGAUGCUCCAGCCGUGGCCACGGGCUCUGGCGAAGAAUACAGACUCGUAAUGGACGAUUUAGCUCCCCCGGAAGCAAACCCUACGAUAUCAAAAGAAAUUCCUCAACAUUCGACAAAGACCAAAGUCCUCUACCAUCCGGCCCCAGUGGCAAAUCUAGAAACCAUCCACGGCAAGAUAGAGUCUGCAAUAGCCGCACUCACCGUCUCAGUUGUUCUGGGCACUGUCUUUUUGAAUUAUGUAUUCGUCGGCGGGAAAUGGAAGGGAUUCGUAGCGUCUACCUUUAUCGGUGGGGUUCUUAGCGUGGCUCUACACCUCUGGCUGAGGCGUUUACAAUCUGAUUCCAUUGACAGAAACUGGGAGAGUGAAAGGUUACGAGCUAAAGCUGCUGUCGACUCCUUAAUGCCAGAAACAACAGAAUGGCUGAAUGAAAUAAUCGGAACCGUUUGGCAACUUAUAAAUCCGGAGAUGUUCCAGCCUGCUGCCGAUACUCUCGAAGAUAUUAUGCAGGCUUCGGUUCCAGCUAGCGUUAUCGAAAAUGUCAAAGUCUCGGGUAUCAGUCAAGGUAGCAAUCCAAUUCGCAUUCUGUCGAUGCGAUCACUUCCAGACGCCGCCAGCAAGAAUACAAAUCCUCUCAAUGCGCAGCAAUCCGAAGCCGAAACUCUAAAGAAGCAGAAGGAGCGUGAACAAGAGGACGAUCCAAACUCCAAAUAUUACAACCUGGAAGCUAGCUUUGCCUAUCACGCCCUUAAAGCCACUGGUGUGGCCAGCAAGGCUCAGAACAUACAUUUAGAAAUUGCAUUCUAUCUUGGCGUUCGAGGCCUUUUUGGCGUGCCACUCCCGAUCUUUGCUGAACUGUCAGGUAUUGUUGGAACUGUACGCUUGAGAUUCCAGAUGACUCCGAAUCCACCAUUUAUCAAGAACUUGUCGAUGACUUUCAUGGGACUUCCAAAGAUUAGCGUUUCCGUGGUCCCGAUGACUCAACGUGGAAUCAAUGUUUUGAAUCUCCCAUUGAUCAGCAACUUCGUCAACUACGCCGUCGGUGCAGCUCUUGAUGAAUACGUCGCACCCAAGUCAUUGAGUUUGGAUGUUGGUAAGAUGAUUGAAGGUACUGCCGUCCAGCAAGAAACAGAAUCUAUCGGUGUCAUCUACGUCAAGAUCCACAAUGCAACCGGUAUUCCAGCCAUGGAUAGUGGAGGCGGUUCAGAUACAUAUGUCACCCUAGCCUUCAGCCAAUUCGGAAAACCAGUUUACUGCACCCGCGUCAUUCUUAAAGAUCGUAACCCGUCAUGGGAGGAAGAUACAUGCAUCCUCCUUCACAACCAACAAGUAACUUCUGGUGAAAAAUUAUCAGUUCAACUUUGGGAUAGCGAUCGAAUCGGAAAGGAUGAUAUGGUUGGACGAAUUGAAUUUGAUCUUCAUGAUAUCAUCGAAAACGAAGGAGUAAUGCGAACCCGCAGCGACACCCUGAUCGGUGAAAAAGACGGUAAAGAAGUUCCUGGAAAAUUGAACUGGGAAGUUGGGUUCUUCCGCCGCACUGACUUCAAAAAAUCGAUGAAAACAACCGGCGAGGAUGUCAGAGUUCCCCGUGAACUCCGCCAUAAACAAGAAUUUCACGAACAGACUCCCAUCCCUAUGGCCGAAGACGACAAACUAGCUCUCAGCGUCCCACCAGACCCAAAUUACCCAACAGGUGUAGUCUCAGUUACCAUCCACGAAAUUAAACACCUCGAAUUCGAGCGAAGCAAGGGCACCUUCGGCAAGAUAAGACCAUAUAGCCCAGCUCAAGUGGUUGGUGAAAACAAAGAUGAAGAAGGCAGCCACUUGCCUAAUGCAUACUGCACUGUCAUGGUGAAUGACGUCCUCGCAUUCAAAACUCGAACUAAAGUCUCCGCGUCAAACCCAAUGUUCUCAGCCGCUGUCGAACGAUACGUUCGAGACUGGAGAAACGCCGUUGUUACCGUAGCAGCGAGAGAUUCACGCCAUAGAGAACAUGAUCCACUCCUUGGCGUUUGUUCUAUCAAAUUAUCGGAGGCUCUACAAACAAGCAGCACCGUAACCCGUCUCUACGCUCUCGAUGGAGGAAUUGGUUAUGGUAUGGUCUCACUGACCAUCCUCUUCCGUUCAGUAAACCUACAAGUCCCUCGUAACCUCUUAGGCUGGGAUGUCGGUUCUAUUGAAAUCAUGGAUGACCUCAUGACCGCCACCGGCCCCGGUGCACAAGAGCUCUUAAACUCUCGCAUCGUCUUGAGCUCUGAUUGCAACCAGCAAAAGAUCCCAAGACGCCUAGCAUACAAUGACAACGGCGUCGCCUGGAAUCUAAACGGUCUAACAAUUCGUAUCCCAGUCCGCCAACGAUACGGUUCUUCCCUAAAACUAGAAUUUUAUACUCGUAUGUCUCGAAAACCAAUAGCCCAUUGCAUCUACUGGCUUAACGAGAUAAUUGACAACCAAACAACUAAGCUCUCUCUACCAGUCUGGAAAACGAAGGACACGAACGCAUUGGUUCAGAACAAUAUCAAGGAUGUCAACUCUCGUGAGAAUAUUAAUGCGGAGCAAAUCGCUACGUUUAAUGUUACACUAAGGUUCAAAGACGGUCUUGACGAGUCUCAUAGGAGUUAUAUGGAUAGCAACGACGAUCGUGAGACAUUCGAUGCCUUUGAAGCUUGUUUGGCAGAAGGGUCCAGGAAGAGAAUUGUCAAACGGGAGACUGGAGCAACUAUUAAAAAGCUCAUUGCAACGGGGGCAACAGAAGACGUACCCAGCGAUGACGAAAACUCAGAAGUUCUAGAUGAAAAUGGAGAGAAAGAUAGGCUACAACCACCGAGACCAAGACUUCGUGGUCACGAACCCUCACAAUCGGAACGCCCUAGCGGGGAUAAUAUAAUCCUGAACGAAGAGGAUUGGAAAGCAGAGGUCAUGAGCGUUGUAGAUGAUCAAGAUGAAUUUGUAUCUGACGAAAAUGUCCGAAGAAUUGCAGGAGAUGAUCCGGAGGAUGUGGAUGAGAGACAUGACCUUUCUAGUGAUGAUGACGAUGACAAUAGUAACGAAAAUGACGAUACUGGGAAUAAGAGUGAAAACGAAAAGGGAGUUGAUCCUGAUGCUAAGAGGGCUAGGAAGGAGAGGAAGAUGGCGGAGAAAAGACAGAAGUUCAGGAAGCAUAGAGGGAUUAUGCAGUGGAAACCUGCUAGGAAUAUGGUGUUUUUGAAGGAUGAGUUGAUGGUUGGAGCCCAAAAAAUUAAGGGUAAGUUUGGAAUGAAGGGAAGGCAGCCAGGCUUAGAGACAGAGUUGAAUCAAGGGAUGUAG